ACCCACUACACAUGUCGUUCUAUCAGUGUUAAGUGUACAGCCUUAAUAACCCUUUCCAGCUCAGAAGACACUAUAGGAGACCUGAAGAAGCUCAUCGCUGCCCAGACAGGCACACGGUGGGACAAGAUCGUACUCAAGAAUGGUGAGAAAGAAAUUAACAUCCUAGACUACGAACCAUCUGCGAUUUUGUAUCCAGGGUACACCAUAUUCAAGGACCACGUGUCUCUGGGAGACUAUGAGAUCCACGAUGGGCAGAACCUGGAGCUGUACUACCAGUAGAAGACAGAGGACUCACACCACACACCACACACACACACA